CCAAAGAUCCCUGCCAAGAAAAAAAAAACAUUCAAGCUUCAAGAUGGAUCAACCUACAGACUCUGGCGAAGAUGAAUGGGAGUACGAGUACCAUGAGACAGAAACAGAGUCCUUCUAUCUAAACCUAGACCUCUCCUCCGUCCACGGACCCAUCCGCCCACCACGCCGCCGCCAACAACAAGAAGACACCAUCUCAUCCACCCCCAACCCCGAAGAAGACGGCUUACUACCCUCAUCCACACCACUCCCAAACACUCUCGAAAACACCACAACCAGCGAACCCUUCACGCCCCUCGAAACCACCGACCAAGAGGCCCUAACCAACGAGCGAAUCCAAAUCCUCGGUCUCCACACGUGCAAUCCCAUCGUCUCCUACUGCGACCAACUCUUCAGCUGCACCUGGGCCGAUCAAAUCGGCACAGAGCUCAUCUUUUCCCACCCAGAUGCUCAUGUUCAUCACAACGAUACAAGCAAUACGGGCCAGGGUCAGCCCGCCCCACUCCUGCAGGGUCCUUCCUUCGAACUACUCGCCGCCAACAGCGUGAAGAUCCUCGGUCGCAAGGCCAACAUUACCUCCAGCGCGAGCUCGGGAUUGGUCGGUGAGGUGCAGACAGGUACCAGCACGGGCAUUGCUACGCCUAUCUCUGCGGAUGAUGCUCAAUCCACUCCCGUACCUGCGACCAGUGUCCCCCGCCGCGCUGUACAACCUUCGCAUCAGGCGAAUUUCCUAGCCCGUCUGCAGAAUAUCAAGGCUGCGAGGGGCGAGACGGAUACCGUGCGGACGACGUUUAGUAUGCGGCGGAAUGUGAAUAUUGCGGAUCGGUUGGGCGCGUGGGCGAGGACGGAGGCUCAAUUGGCUGAGAUUCAUUCGUUGAAUGAUCGGGCGCAUAAGGGCGACGUUGAUGCUUUUGCGGAGUUGGAACGGAUUAUGAUUGAGUUUGCGCAGCGGAAUCAACAGCCGCAGCAGGAGGAGCAGGAGGAGCAAGAGGGGAGCUCGUCAUUCCCGAUUGAUCCUCAGCUGAUGUGA